UAAUGUCAUAACAACGCAAAAAAGUAUGUCUGCAAAAACGCUUUUCAAAAUAUUUCUAAUUAUUCUUGUUUUAAAUAUUCUUGCUUAAUUUUCUUUUAUUAUUAUUUAGUUUUUUAAAUAAAUUUUGAUAAUGAAUAUUUUAGUUUAAAGUUAAUUAUAUUGAUCUGGCCUGAUUUUGAGAAGCAUUUAAUAGUGAAUGAAGGUUAAAGUAUGGAUUAUCUUAUGUAUCCGAAUUUAAUGUCCAGGGAGGACCUAAUUAUGAUUUUAAAAAAUAGGCAACUUAAAAUCCCAAAUUUAGAAGAAUUGAAAACAGAGGAAAUUAUCAAAAUUUAUACAAAAUUUGCUCUUCCAUUAAGUCAACGAGAACAAAAGAAAACGAAAGCAACAAAACUUUCAACAGAUGGAAAUAUUUCAAAUAUUAAAAAUAAUGAAACAUUUGAUUCUUCAAAAAAUCAAUGUUCAUUAAAAAGAAAUUUACCUGUCAUAGAUAUGAAGGAAGCUUCCCGUAGAAAAGUACUUAAAUUAGAUAGUAACAGUAGUAAAAAAACUUAUUUUGAAUUUGAACAAAAACGAAAUUUGGAAAGUGAUGAUGAAAUUUUAGCUCAGAGUUUAGAUCAGUGCCAACAAAAACUAAAACGCCAAAAGAUAACAUGGCCGUAGGUUUAUUUUUUAUAAUAAUUUUAAAAUUUUUCAAAUGGACUUUGAAAAAUGAAAAUUAGUAUGUUACAUUUCAUUUUUAAAUGUAAUUUUUUAUAUUUUUAUUGUAUUAUAUACAAGUAAUUAGAAUGUAUUUUUAAAAUAGGUUAGUAAAAGAAAUAAUGUAAUGGUGGGAAAAAAGAAAUAUUAAAAAGGACUAUUCUCCAUUUUAAGUAAAUAGUUGCCGGGAGGAAUUUUAAAGAAAAUACCUACGAAGAAAUAAUUAUGUAGUUAGGUUCCUACCUACCUACUUACAUACAAUGAAAUUUGUUUAUUUGGAUUAGGUACCUACUUUAAUUUCGGAAGAGGAAAGUGCAAUUGUUUUUUGUUUUAUGAUUUGUAACACGGUAAUAAAAAAAUUAGUUUUUUGAAAAUGGUUAAAAUAAUUUUUCCACUCAGUAUUAAAAGUAUACAAAAAAGAAAAAUUAAAACCGCAUAGAAUUGUAAAAGUUUUGCUUUCAUUACUAAUUGCUUACACUUUCCAAAUUAAACAAUAAUUAAAUUCUUAAUAAGCACUAAUUGGUUGAGUUUAAAAAAUAAACUAAUAUGUACCUUCACAUUAUAUUUUUAUAAUAUAACGAAAACAAAAAAAAAAAAAAUAAAAAAAAGGAGUUUGUACAGGUAAAAAAUGUGCAAUUGCAAUUGAAAUUAACAAAAAGUGGUUUCUUUCCGUAAAUUCUUAUGAAAAAUAUUUUAGUGCUAAAUUUUUAAUUUUUUCAAGUACCUACAUUAUAUUUUUACAAUUUUCUAAGCACAUUUUAUGCAAUUUUACGCUUAUAAAAAUUUUAAAUUUUCACAUGUUAGGUUUACAAUUAAAUUCACAUGCUGCAAAAAUAUAAAUUUUAACAAAUUCACAAUUUCUGCGCUGCUUUCUGGCUUUUAUAAUUUUUUGGACGAAACUAUUUAAAUCUUUAAAAAAUGCACUUUUAUGUUUUUCCACUUGUUUUUAUUGAAACAAAGCUGAAUGUAGUAGAAAAUAUAAUGAAAAAUAUGUCGAAAGAACUUGAAUGCACUAAUUUUAUGAUUAAGUAUUUAUAUAAGUAAGUUAAGUUCAAUAAAUUAAAAAAUUUGUAUAUAAAUUAAGUUGUAAGUGAAAUAUUAAAUUAAAAGAAAAUAUAUAUUUUAUUUUUGUU